AUGGAUCCGAUCUUGCCGACCAAACAACCCUACGCGAGUCGAGGCAGACAAAAUCGCCGCGGCACUGCACUGAUCUUGAGGUACUGCAUUCUUGCACUCCUUGGAUUGCUGGUAUACGGCAUCUGCGAUCAGCGGAACGUCCUCUCUGCUGUAUCAGAACACAUACCAAGUGCACUCAGCCAUUUCAGCGAAGUCCAGGGUCCCAACAACUUCAACAGCCCCAAUGACAACAUCAGUACGACUCCCAACGACAAUGGUAGUCAAUGGGCUCCAAAAGAUCUCUACACUUCUCCCACGACCCACUAUCCAAAGUUUGGGAAGUGCACCGCAUCGUUCGGCGACCCAGACCCUCCAUAUGAAGCCGCCAUCGCCUCACACGCGUUACACAACGAGAUCCACGGUUAUCCGCAUUGCAUUCUCCGCGAACACAUGAUCCGAGGCCUCUGGUCUAAACACGGCUGGAUUAUGACCAUUAUCGGACAAGAGCUCGCAAAGCCCGAGGAGCAGCGCCUGCAAUGGCUUCUGUGGCACGAUCGCGACACUGUGCUCAUGAACCCUCAGAUACCGCUCGACAUUUUUGUGCCACCGGACCCUGAGUUCUCCCAUAUCCAUCUCCUUGUCACGAACGAUCGAAAUGGUUUGAACAAUGGCGUGUUCAUGGUUAGGGUCAACCAGUGGGCGUUCAAGCUGUUCGCGAGCGCGCUGAGUAUUCGAGAGUAUCAACCGGAGAUCGUCCUAAAGUACACUGAACAAAGUGGUAUGGAAGAAGCCAUCAAGCGGCCGUGGUGGGCUUCGAACGUGGCCUAUGUUCCGCAACGCUGGUUCAACGGGUUUCCGCCCGAUACCGAAAAGAACGAAGAUAAUAAUCGCGCACAUUCACGCGAAGGCUCGCUUCUCAUACACUUUGCAUCGAACCGUGAUGGUCUGCGGCCUCAGCGAAUGGCACAUUGGGGGGAGAUAGCUAGAAAUCGCACCUCCGCUUGGGACACGCCAGUUGAACUAAUGUUGUACCAAGAGGAGAUUGCAGAGUUCUGGCAGAGAGUAGGGAAGGGCGAAUCGUACGAAAAGAUCAACAAGGACAUCGGAGGGAGGAUGUGGUCAUUUCUCGAGUAG